AUGUCUCUAAAUCGAGUCUCAUAUCUUGAAUCGUGGGGUCAAACUCGGCCAUUGUCGCGUCAGCAUCAGGGCCAAGAAGAUGGCGAUUCUGACUCUGAGGACGGGCGCCAUCUCGACCUCCCGGAGGAAUCACUUUCAUCUUCGUUUCAGUCAACGUACAGCUAUCGUCUAAAUUUCAAUCCGUAUGCUGGACCCGGUUGGAACCAGCCUCCCGGAGAAGGCGCCCAUGAAGAGCUCACUUCCCGUCAUGAGACUCCUAUGAUGAUCCCCAAGCUGAAACAGCCGGAUGAGAAUGAGAAUGGCGGACAUGAUCCACAGGAUACGCCCUCAAAAUUGCCGGAUGAAGCCUAUCCAUUGCAAACCACUGGAGCGUUCGAAGUCGGUACCACGAGACGAAUCUGCCAGGUAAUUAUCGCAGUCAUCUAUUGCUUCCUCGCAGCAGGAGUUGUGUUCGGGUUUGCGGCAUUGAAACCUGUCUUGAUUCGGGAAGGGGUCUAUCGCAAUCUGUGUUCGCGCGACGAGCUCUCUAAAAAUCAGGAAGUCUGCUACGGACAGGAGCUGCGCCUGAAUCUCAUGUUCACCGUUGCCGCCGUGGCGACCAACGUAUCCGCCUUGCCAGUUGGCACUAUCCUCGACACAUACGGUCCUCGCGUCUGUGGUAUCAUUGGCAGCAUAUGUCUCACUUUGGGCGCUUUGCUCUUCAGUUUCGCUGCCAAUCUCCCCUUUGAUGCAUACAUUCCUGGAUACCUUUUUCUGUCGCUCGGAGGCCCCUUCAUCUUCAUCUCGUCAUUCCACCUGUCCAACACAUUCCCCACUCGCUCUGGGUUGAUCCUAUCCACGCUCACAGGUGCAUUUGAUGCGUCCAGCGCCUUGUUUCUAGUCUUCCGACUCAUCAACGAGCGCACCAAUGGAUCAUUCACCACCCACAAGUUCUUCAUGGUUUAUCUCAUCGUUCCCGCCUUCAUCCUCGCCGCGCAACUUCUCAUCAUGCCAGCCACAUCCUACAAAACAGCCGGCGAGCUAGUCCAACAAGCAGAAGCCUACAUCGCUGACGAAGCCAACGACCGCGUCGACGAGCACCUCACCAAUCGCUCCGAAGGCGAGCGCCAGCGCAACGACCGCCGCGUGCACCGCCAAGAAGUCGUCAGCAAGAUCCAAGAUCUCUUAGGCGACAGCAACACCGACGCCGCCCCCGUUCUCGAUGAACCCUCUCGAACCACUCACCCUCCUCAGAACGAACCCCAAGACCGCAUCGUCGGCAAAACCCCACCCCACAACACCACCGCCGGCGGCGUCUGGGGCGCUCUCCACGGCCGCUCCGCUCUCCAACAAAUCACCACACCCUGGUUCGUGCUCAUCACCAUCUUCACGAUCCUCCAGAUGCUCCGCAUCAACUACUUCGUCGCCUCCAUCCGCGCACAAUACGACUACCUCCUCUCCCCAGCCCUCUCCAAACACCUAAACAGCGUCUUCGACAUCCUCCUCCCCCUCGGCGGCCUCCUCUCCGUCCCCUUCAUCGGAACCAUCCUCGACACCCUGGCAACCCCCCACGUCCUCCUCCUCCUCGCAUCCACCGCCACCCUCAUCGGCAUCCUAGGCUGCAUCCCCCACAGCCUCCCCGCCGGCUACGCCAACAUCGCCCUCUUCGUCAUCUACAGACCCUUCUACUACACCGCUGUCUCCGACUACGCGGCCCGGGUCUUCGGCUUCCAGACCUUCGGCAAGGUCUACGGGCUGAUCAUCUGUCUAGCCGGCCUAGGCAAUUUCCUCCAGGCAGGGCUCGACGCGCUGACCUUUAAGCUUUUCGGCCGUAAUCCGGUGCCGGUUAAUCUCGUGCUGACGGUGCUGACGGGUGUGGUUGGCGCCGCGUUGGCGGGGUUCGUCUGGUGGAAGGCGAAGCGGAUGGCUGCGUCUGCGGCUGGUAGGGCGGAGAGCGCGAUGGCGCAGAGUGAGCGGGGCAGUCGAUGUCGGUCAGAUGCUGUGGAUUACACGGGCGUGGCGACGAGGGAUUGGGAGCGGGAACCGCUGCUGCGUCAUGGCCCGCAGCAUUUGGGGCGGCAUGGGGAGGCGUCGUCGUAUGGGAUUUCGAGCGCACCGUGA